AUGCAGCACGCCUACCCCCGCUUGCCUACGGAGCUCUUGCGGCGGAUCUUGAGCGAGGCGCACGACGAGUACGAUCGUGCAGGCCUCGCGAAGCGGGCAUCGCUCGUGUCCCGGGAGUGGACAGAGCUCGGGCAAGAGCUGUUGUUCGGCCGCGUCGAGACCGGAUGGAACAACGAGGCGCUGCGUUUCUCCGUGGUCGCGCUUGACAAGCAUCUCAAGCGGUACCCGCACCUCGCCGGCUUCAUUGCAGAACUCUCCCUGGGUUUCGACAGCGAGGUCAACAUUGACCUGUGGCGGCCGUUGCGGGGGAUCCUACGACGAUGCAGCAGGCUCGGGAGGAUUACCUGGAGGGGAAAGGUGGAUCUGCUUGAAGCGACGUUGCCCUUCUUCCCCUUUGCUGGCUUGACUUCCCUGAGCAUCUACACAUAUGGUGCAGUGUGGACCCCCUCCGCUCUCCUCCGUGUCGUCCUCCCUCGAACACCCAACUUGCAGACUCUCGUGGUUGACACGACCCUCCCCAAAGACACCCACAUCCCUGCGUCCUUCCCUGCCCCUCCUUUCCAGCUUCGACUCAGCGAGAUGGACCUGCGGCUGAAGCAGUAUGGCUGGAGAGACAAGACGACGGCCAAGGCUGAGGCGAUCCUCCUCCAGCGCUUCCUGCGCUUCGUCUCCCCUCGGCACCUUACGAUGCUCAGCCUCUCCUUUCGAACACGCAACGCAAACGGUGUCUUCAGGUGGUCGACCGAGUGUCACAGGCUUGUUGAACUGCGCCUGAACGCGGAGGACGACCUCGGCACGGUACACCUUCCGCUUCUCACCGCAAUGGUCGUCAACAUGCGCCAACUCACGAGGCUGAGCAUCAAGACUACUGUUGGAUGGACACCCAAGAUGUCGCCUGCUGAGCUGGACCAGCACUCCUUCACCCUUGCCAAUUUCCUCGAUGUCGUCCCCACCUCGCUCACCGACUUCACCCUCGGCAUCUGGAUCCCCGGCGGAACAUGCUGGAGCCUCGUCAAGUCAUUCCUUCGCCAGCGCACAUACAACUCGCCACUUAGGCACGCACGCUUCUCGGUCGAGGUACCGGAGGACAGGCGGGUCGAGCUCCGGGCACGAAAGCAGCAAUUCGAGCGGAGCAGGUGGGAAAACGACGAGGACAAGUGGGUCUGGCAAUCUCCCUGGUUGAGGAGACCAGCGCGUGAACCGAGCAACGAAGAGGACGAUCCCUGGCCGUUUGCAGACACGGAACGUCGCAGCCGCAAGAGGAGCUGGGAGCUGUCGUAUGAUAUCUGCUUGUAUCGCUCGAGCUGCUGUGCCCGCUGCGACGUCUGGGCCAACCCGGCAUGGAUGCUGGACGGGCACGACGCGAGCAAGUACGAGAUCACCGAGGAGACUGAGUAG